AUGAGUCUUCUCUCAUCCAGUCUCAAACAACAACAGCACCACCAACAACAACAUCAGCCACAACAACUGGCACAAAGUUUUGGUCGACAGCAACAACAACAGCAAUUUAUAGCAACACAAGAUCAAGAACAAAAAUUUAAGAAUAAUCCGUUUUUUGAAAAAUUAUUUAACAGAAUUGAUGGACUUGUUUCAAUAAUUGUGUGUGAUAUGGAGGGAAAUAUUGUGGCAAGAGGUUAUUCCGAGGAUUGUACAAUUGAAUUUGAUAAUACUUUUCCAUCCACACAUAUUCAGGCUGCUGAACAAGCUAACAAAUUACCGUUCGGAAAGAAUAGAUAUUUAAUCAGUUGUUAUGACGAUUAUUCAGUUCUGCAAAUGCAUACAGAACCAACCAAAGUUGCAAAUCAAGAGCAAGGCAUGAAUAAAUCAAAAUCAGAUGCAUCAAUAGAAAAUGAUGAGGAUGAGGAAGAAGAAUUGGGAGAUUCAUUGUUUGUUUCUUUCAUAUGUACGUCCGAUACAAGUUUGCAACUCAUAAUUGAUUUGUCGGACCAUAUCUUAGAAGCAAUGAAGACUCUUUACGCGUCACCCGAGAUGGCAGAUCAAUAA